AUGGUUGCAACCUUAAACGCUUUAGUUGCUGCAGAACAAACAUGCAUAAACACUCCAUUUUUCUUAGGAUUCAUUGGAAAUGAUUACAAAGAUGGUCUUGAAGUAUCCCGAAGCAUUAGUAAAGUAUUUAAUAUAGCUCAUGUUCUUCCGCAUUCUUUUGACUUAAAUUUGACUGCUGAUGAUAACAUCCUCUUUGUUUCCUCAUAUCCUGUUAAACAGCAUACUGAGGCAAUGAAAAUAAUUUUUGAAAAACUUGGAAUACAAAACUUCAUUAUUCUGCAUGACAAUGAAUCACUAUCAAUAAUGAAGUUGAAUCAUUUAGUUGAUGAUGUAAAAGAAGAUUUAUGUUUCAUGAAAUCUGUUGUGUUUGUAAGCGUUGAUGACCUUAAACACCAGUUUACACAAGGCUCAAACGAAGAUGGUCUUGUGAUAAUCAUUGAAAAUGCUAAUAUUCUUGAUGAGCUAUCAGGAUACUUAAUGACAUAUAAUAAGCAGAUCAUAAUAUCUUCUGGUAAAAUUGGUACAGAAAACUUUCUUUUUCCUCUUUUAAAGACAACUUACAUCCUGCAAUUUGUUAGUUUAUUACCUCUUGGGAAUUUAUCUCUGCGAUAUGAUGAAAAAUUGGUUAAAAUCUAUGAUGAGCAGAACUGGUUGAAAUGUUUAAAAAACACAAAUAAAUCAGAAAUAAAAUGCAAUUCAUCUAUUACUAAAGCAUUAAAUAUCAAAGAGAAAGAUUGGACCGUAGACCUAUUGCAAUAUGGUAUAAUGCUUUAUGGACAGAGUGUUCGAAAUACUGCUAAUAAAAAAUGCAAUCAGCCAAAUGGAAGCCAAGGCUGGUGUUCAGAACUAAACUCCAUGUCACAAAAAGAAUGGCACCGUAUUCUUAGAGACUCAUCAACAUUGAAUAAUCCUAAUGUUGGGUCAAGUACUAAAACAAUAAGGUUCAAUAUGGAUAUUAGUGGUAAAUUUGUGAUUCAUUUGCUGAAACAUGGUUCCAUUCAAUCGGUAGGGAAAAUUGAAGGAUCAAAGAUUGAGAUGGUCCAUAACUACAAGUUUCCGACUCUUAACCGGAAGAAGUAUGUCAAUUGCCUUGAUACGAUUCUGACUACAUCUGCUACCACUACACUUCCAACUACUACCAAAUUUAAUUUUGAAACAUCAUCAGUUCCUUUAGAUGGCUUCUUUAAUAUUGAUUUACGUGAUUAUGAAAUGAUCGGUAUUCUAUCUGGUAUUAUCUUUGGUAUAAUCUUUUUACUAAGUGUUUUUGUUUAUGUUAUCUACGCUACUGUAAGAGUGAAAUCAGCACGUAGUGACAAUUCUUCAAUAGGUUCAGGAAACACCAGAAUAAGUGAUUAA